AACAAAUAAUGGCGGCAUCUACAGGGGAUCUUGGACUCACCAAGUUGCAGUUUGCCCCUUUUAGCAGUGCCUUGGAUGUUGGGUUCUGGCAUGAGUUGACCCAGAAGAAGCUGAAUGAGUAUCGGCUGGAUGAAGCUCCCAAGGACAUUAAGGGUUACUACUACAAUGGUGAUCCUGCUGGGCUGCCAGCUCGCUUUACAUUGGAGUUCAGUGCUUUUGACAUGAACGCUCCUACCCCAGCACAUUGCUGCCCCGCUGUCGGAACACUAUAUAACACCAACACACUCGAGUCUUUCAAGACUGCAGAUAAGAAGCUCCUUUUGGAACAAGCAGCAAACGAGAUAUGGGAAUCCAUAAAAUCGGGUGCUGCUCUUGAAAACCCUGUACUCCUCAACAAGUUCCUCCUCUUGACAUUUGCAGAUCUAAAGAAGUACCACUUCUACUAUUGGUUUUGCUAUCCUGCCCUCUGUCUUCCAGAGAGUGUACCUCUCAUUGAGGCGCCGGUGGGGUUGGAUCAAAGGUUUUCACCAAAACAGGUAUCAACAAAUGAAACAAAAUGUAGUACUUUGACCUCUGUGAAGUCACUGUUCCUCUGUGAGCCUCGUGUCCUCACGCAUAAGAAGGAGAAAAGUUGGAAUCCCAACAAGUGUCUCUCUUUUCAGUCUGCUUUCCCUUCUGGGUUAUCUCAUUGUGCUCAUGAUUCCAGCGACCACUUCCUCACCAGUCACACCAUAUUUUUACCACCAAUAACAAUUGGUGUAUAUGAUCCCUGUAACUUAGCCCAGUACCCUGGAUGGCCUUUGAGGAAUCUUUUGGUCCUAGCAGCUCACACAUGGAGUAGCAGUUUCCAGUCCGUUGAAGUCCUUUGCUUCCGUGACCGCACCAUGCAGGGGGCGAGAGACGUUGCCCACAGCAUCAUCUUCGAAGUGAAGCUACCAGAAAUGGCAUUUAGCCCAGAUUGUCCUAAAGCAGUUGGAUGGGAAAAGAACCAGAAAGGAGGCAUGGGACCAAGAAUGGUGAACCUCAGUGAAUGUAUGGACCCUAAAAGGUUAGCUGAGUCAUCUGUGGAUCUGAAUCUCAAAUUGAUGUGUUGGAGAUUGGUCCCUACUUUAGACUUGGACAAGGUUGUGUCUGUCAAAUGCCUGCUGCUUGGAGCUGGCACCUUGGGUUGUAAUGUAGCCAGGACAUUGAUGGGUUGGGGCGUCAGACACAUCACAUUUGUGGACAAUGCCAAGAUCUCCUACUCCAAUCCUGUGAGGCAGCCUCUCUAUGAGUUUGAAGAUUGCCUAGGGGGUGGUAAGCCCAAGGCCAUAGCUGCGGCAGACCGGCUCCAGAACAUAUUCCCCGGAGUGAAUGCCAGAGGGUUCAACAUGAGCAUCCCUAUGCCUGGACACCCCGUGAACUUCUCCAGUGUCACUCUGGAGCAAGCCCGCAGGGACGUGGAGCAACUAGAGCAGCUCAUCGAAAGUCAUGAUGUCACUUUUCUGUUGAUGGACACCAGGGAGAGCCGGUGGCUUCCUGCUGUCAUUGCUGCAAGCAAGAGAAAGGUAGAGUGUGCGGAACCUGGGUACUCAUCUCUGGUUGUGACGGGCUAUGCCAUUGCCAGCAGCAGUGAUGACCGAAUGAAUGAGCCGCCAACCUCUCUUGGGCUUGUGCCUCACCAGAUCCGGGGAUUUCUGUCGCGGUUUGAUAAUGUCCUUCCUGUCAGCCUGGCAUUUGACAAAUGUACAGCUUGUUCUUCCAAAGUCCUUGAUCAAUAUGAGCAAGAUGGAUUUAAUUUCCUAGCGAAGGUGUUUAAUUCUUCACAUUCCUUCUUAGAAGACUUGACUGGUCUUACAUUGCUGCAUCAAGAAACCCAAGCUGCUGAGGCUGUGUGCUCCUGUUGGGUGCUAUGCAUCUUCCCAAACCUUGGAGUCAGAUGGGACACUGUCAUACUCUUUUCCUGUUCUACAUGGAUUGUCACACAAUACUUGCUCUUAUAAAAUGACUGCCAAAUACCCAGAUUUGAAAGAUAUGAGAUCAUCAAAAGGAAUGCUGCUAGAGCUAAUGUUGAAGCUGUGACCCAUCUUGAUCUAGCAGUUUGUUCAGUGCCUAACAGAUGUUGGGUAUCAUGUUGCUUCCCUUGAAAAUUUAAAAUAUCCCAUGGCACAGAUUCAUUGUAGUGCUCCAGGCACCUUGGCAUACAGUUUGGGAGCCACAGCUCUAGGACAUAAAGAUAAUGUCAUACUUGUCUUUUGUUCCCCAGGGUGCUUGGGUGAUGCAGUCCUUAUAGUAGGUAGUCAAUAAAUACUUUAUGAGCAUCUUAAUCCUUGAUAGCCUGAUAGGCCGCAAACACCACAACUUCAGCACUGGGCCGAGUUCCCUGGCAUGGCAAUAAUU